CUCUGUGAGUCAAAGCCGAGCGCGCGCAUCCUCCGAGAGAACUUCCCGCGCUCUGAGAGGAGUAACAUUAGACAGGUAACUUUCAAACGGUCCCGUUUUCUUUUACAUACUUGUGGAUUUUGAACUUUGUGAGAUGUUUUUGUGACUAGCGUUUUAUAAAGCAGCUGUAAACAUAAAAAAAACUAACAAAAAAAUAAACAAACAAACAGCUGAAGUCAAUCGAAAUUAGGCUAUUAGUGCGCUGAAUGACUUUUUUUUAUGUCAACGGACGAUAUGCUGGCUUGCUUCUGAUUGAUCCUGAAGAGAUUUUCAAAAAUGCCUCGGCCAGGCAAGAACUCCUACAGUGACCAGAAACCUCCAUACUCGUACAUCUCUCUGACCGCCAUGGCCAUUCAAAGCUCCUCUGAGAAGAUGCUCCCCCUCAGCGACAUCUACAAAUUCAUCAUGGACCGUUUCCCGUAUUACCGCGAGAACACUCAACGUUGGCAGAACUCGCUCCGGCACAACCUUUCCUUCAACGACUGCUUCAUCAAGAUCCCCCGGCGGCCUGACCAGCCAGGAAAGGGCAGCUUCUGGGCCCUGCAUCCGGACUGUGGAGACAUGUUCGAGAACGGCAGCUUCCUGCGCCGCCGCAAGCGCUUCAAGCUUCUCCGGGUCGAGCAUUCGGCUUGCAAGAGCAGCCCCGUGCUGCACUCCUACCACUCUCAUGCCCAGCAUGCCUUGCACCAAUCCCACCACCAUUCAGGCAAGCUGGGCGUGGGACACCCGGAGUACCUGGGCACCAUGGGGCGGCUCUCGCACUUCCAGAGCUACACGCUUGGUGGUGGGCAGAGCGGCAGUUUCAAACACCCGUUCGCCAUUGAGAGCCUGAUUGGCAGAGACUAUAAAGGAGUGAUGGCCAGCGGGUUGCCCAUCGCCUCGGUCAUGCAUCACCUCGGGUAUCCCGUGCCCGCUCAACUGGGCAGCAUGGUCAACUCUGUGUGGCCACAUGUGGGCAUGCUGUCUGAGCCGGUGUCAUCAGAAUACCCACCGUUCAAUGUGGCGGUCAAGGGGCUGUACCAUCAUCACCCGGGAACCCAAAGCAUGCCUGCUGUGCCCAUGCCCAUCAAACCCACACCAACCCUGGGCGCAGUCCCGUCCUUGACUGGCAUGACGCCGGGAGUAACGCAGCUGUGCCCGAGAACAGCAGCGCUGAUGGAGAGAGACGCAACAGCUCUUGUUGAGGAGAAAAGCGGGUCUCUCCAUCCUGCUCUCCUGCAGUCCUGAGCCAAACGUUGAAGAUUCAGACACGAGGGUACGUAGAGCAUGUUUUGGGGACGGCUGUGGACUGAUUUGAGAUGCCAGCUUUUUUUGGAAGAUCCUUUAAGAACUCUUUUUUUUUGUUUUGUUUUUUGGCUGUGUUAUAUUCUGCAGAGUGCAGAUUGUCAGAAUUUGGCUCUGCAGUUUUCUGCUUUAUGGUAUGUGUACAUGUUUUAGCUUCUUUAAAAAAAAAAAACAGUGUACUGUACAAAGGACUGUAUAAACUGGAAAAAGAAAAACAUUCAUGUACAUUUUGUAAACCCUUAAACAUUAAGCCUUAUAAAAGCUACACAGACUGUGUAUAAUCAAUUAAAAAUGAUGACUUGCAUGCUUGUGUGCCGCUGUUGAAACAGUGGAUUGCUGUGCGUCUGGGAGAGAGUCAUGAAAUAACCCAAAAUGAAUUUUUUGCUAAAUUAUUGUAUUCAUGUAACAUAGAAAAUACCUUUAUGUUAAAAUGUUGUUAUAUAUUAUCAUAAAUGUUAUACAUGUAAAUAGGUGUAGAAUAUCAUCACUUACAGCAUUUGAAUUGCACUUGUGGUAUUUACUAACACAACGUUGAAAUAUUUUAUGAAGAUGAAACAAUCAAAUAGACAAUUCUAGUGAAUAAAAACAGGCCUGGUUUACUGUGCUGUUUUAAAGUGGCAUGUGCGUUUCAAAAAAAGCAGUAUAAUUGUAUAAGAUUUGUAAAUUAAAUAU